GCGCUUCUCUUGUGUCGCGGUCGUCGACUAUUUUGCGCGGAGUCGCGGCGCAGGAGAGGAUAUUCGCUUGUAACUGUUGUGUUUUGUUCUUCGAUCGCCAUGUCGUACAACUACGUGGUGACCGCGCAGAAACCCACGGCUGUCAACGCCUGCAUUACGGGACACUUCACCUCUGCAGAGGACUUGAAUUUGCUGAUUGCCAAGAACACGCGGUUGGAAAUCUAUGUUGUGACGGCCGAGGGGCUGCGGCCUGUCAAGGAGGUUGGCAUGUAUGGCAAGAUUGCCGUCAUGGAGCUCUUCCGACCCAAGGGUGAGAACAAGGACCUGCUGUUCAUCCUGACUGCCAAGUACAACGCCUGCAUUCUGGAGUACAAGCAGACGGGGGAGAGCAUUGACAUCAUCACCAGAGCUCAUGGCAAUGUGCAGGACCGCAUCGGGCGCCCCUCUGAGACGGGUAUCAUUGGCAUUGUAGACCCAGAAUGCCGCAUGAUCGGGUUGCGUCUGUAUGACGGCCUGUUUAAAGUUAUCCCCCUGGAUCGGGAGAACCGUGAGUUGAAAGCGUUCAACAUUCGGCUGGAGGAGCUACAGGUCAUUGAUGUCCACUUCCUGUACGGCUGCCAGGUCCCCACCGUCUGUUUUAUCUACCAGGACCCUCAGGGGCGCCACGUGAAGACAUACGAGGUCUCACUGCGAGAAAAGGAGUUCAACAAGGGACCCUGGAAGCAGGAGAAUGUGGAGGCAGAAGCUUCAAUGGUCAUUCCAGUUCCAGAACCUUUUGGAGGAGCUAUAAUCAUCGGCCAGGAGUCCAUCACUUAUCACAACGGAGACAAAUACCUGGCCAUAGCUCCUCCCACUAUCAAGCAAAGCACCAUCGUAUGUCACAACCGCGUGGACCCCAAUGGCUCACGGUACCUGCUGGGUGACAUGGAGGGUAGACUCUUCAUGCUGUUGCUGGAGAAAGAGGAGCUGAUGGAUGGGUCUGUGGUGCUAAAGGACCUGCGGGUAGAGCUGCUAGGAGAGACCUCCAUUGCAGAAUGCCUCACCUACCUGGACAACGGCGUGGUUUUCGUUGGCUCCCGCCUUGGUGACUCUCAACUUGUUAAGCUGAAUGUGGACAGCAAUGAUCAGGGUUCCUAUGUGGCAGUGAUGGAAACAUUCACCAACCUCGGCCCAAUUGUGGACAUGUGUGUGGUGGACCUCGAGAGACAAGGCCAAGGACAGUUAGUCACCUGCUCUGGGGCCUUUAAAGAGGGAUCAUUAAGGAUCAUUCGCAACGGCAUCGGAAUUCACGAACAUGCAAGCAUCGAUCUGCCAGGAAUCAAAGGCUUAUGGCCCCUGCGCUCUGAAGCUGGGCGGGAGACAGAUGACAUGUUAGUGCUGUCCUUUGUGGGCCAAACCAGGGUACUGAUGCUGAGUGGAGAGGAAGUGGAGGAAACAGAGCUCCCUGGGUUUGUUGACAACCAGCAGACUUUCUACUGUGGAAAUGUUGCUCACCAGCAGCUCAUUCAGAUCACCUCAGGAUCUGUGCGGCUGGUGAUGCAGAACACCAAGACCCUGGUGAGUGAAUGGAAGGAGCCCCAGGGGAGGAACAUCAGCGUGGCUGCCUGCAACUCAACCCAGGUGGUGCUGGCUGUGGGCAGAGUGCUGUACUACCUGGAGAUCCUUGCAGGAGAGCUCAAACAGAUCAGCUCCACAGAGAUGGAGCAUGAGGUGGCCUGUUUGGACAUCACACCCCUAGGGGAGGGUGGUGACUCCCCCCUGUGCGCAGUGGGGCUUUGGACUGACAUCUCUGCUCGCAUCCUCAAGCUGCCCACCUUUACUGCCCUACACAAGGAGAUGCUAGGAGGGGAGAUCAUCCCACGCUCCAUCCUGAUGACUACCUUUGAAGGCUGUCACUACUUGCUGUGUGCACUGGGGGAUGGAGCGCUCUUCUACUUUGGUUUGGACCUCCAGACAGGUGUCCUCAGUGAGCGCAAGAAAGUGACUCUAGGCACUCAGCCCACUGUCCUACGCACUUUCCGCUCCCUCUCCACUUCCAAUGUCUUUGCCUGCUCUGACCGCCCAACUGUCAUCUACUCAAGCAAUCACAAACUUGUCUUCUCCAAUGUCAACCUCAAGGAGGUCAACUACAUGUGUCCUCUAAACUCUGAAGGGUAUCCUGAUAGUUUGGCUCUAGCCAACAACAGCACUUUGACCAUAGGCACCAUCGAUGAGAUCCAGAAGCUACACAUUCGAACCGUGCCCCUCUAUGAAUCUCCCAGGAGGAUCUGCUAUCAAGAGGUAUCCCAGUGUUUUGGUGUGCUCUCCAGCCGGGUAGAGGUGCAGGAUGCCAGCGGGGCUACCUCUCCUGUCCGCCCCAGCGCCAGCACCCAGGCCCUGUCCAGCAGUGUGAGCUCCAGUAAGCUCUUCCCCAGCAGCACUUCACCACAUGAGACCUCCUUUGGGGAAGAAGUGGAGGUGCACAGCCUGCUGAUUAUAGACCAGCACACCUUUGAAGUCCUUCACGCCCACCAGUUCCUGCAGAGCGAGUAUGCCCUGAGCAUGGUUUCGUGCCGUCUGGGUAAAGACCCUGCUGUCUAUUUUAUUGUCGGCACGGCAAUGGUGUACCCUGAAGAGGCAGAGCCCAAGCAGGGCCGCAUUAUUGUGUUCCAUUACACUGAUGGGAAGCUGCAGACAGUGGCAGAGAAGGAGGUUAAAGGAGCAGUCUACUCUAUGGUGGAAUUCAAUGGAAAACUACUGGCCAGUAUCAACAGCACUGUGCGUCUGUAUGAGUGGACAGCAGAGAAGGAGCUGAGGACAGAGUGUAAUCAUUACAACAACAUCAUGGCUCUCUACCUGAAGACCAAAGGCGACUUCAUCCUGGUGGGGGACUUGAUGAGAUCAGUGUUGCUCCUGGCUUACAAGCCUAUGGAGGGAAACUUUGAGGAGAUUGCAAGAGACUUUAACCCAAACUGGAUGAGUGCUAUCGAAAUCCUGGAUGACGACAACUUCCUAGGUGCAGAAAAUGCCUUCAACCUUUUUGUCUGCCAGAAAGACAGUGCGGCCACCACAGACGAAGAGCGUCAGCACCUCCAGGAGGUGGGAGUCUUCCACCUGGGGGAGUUUGUUAACGUGUUUGCCCACGGAUCCCUGGUGCUGCAGAACCUGGGUGAGAGCUCCACCCCAACACAGGGUUCUGUGCUCUUCGGGACCGUCAACGGAAUGAUCGGCUUGGUUACCUCGCUGUCGGAGGGGUGGUACAGUCUACUGCUGGAUCUGCAAAACAGGCUCAACAAGGUCAUUAAGAGUGUGGGCAAGAUUGAGCACAGCUUCUGGAGGUCCUUUCACACUGAGCGGAAGACAGAGCAGGCUACGGGUUUCAUCGAUGGGGAUCUCAUUGAGAGUUUCCUGGAUCUGGGCCGAGCUAAGAUGCAGGAAGUGGUUAGCACACUUCAGAUCGACGAUGGCAGUGGAAUGAAACGUGAAGCCACAGUAGAUGAGGUCAUCAAGAUUGUAGAAGAGCUGACUAGGAUUCACUAGCCACAUCAACUGAGGUGUCAGUCCUGGGCGUUCUCGUCUGUUCUGUAAAUAACUAUAAAUAAGCCAGAUGAAAUGGAGGUACAGAGCCCCCACCACCCACUCCACACGUAUAACAUCUUUUCACACGUACACAGGUGGAUUGUCAUUAAAACGCAGUUCAGAUGCUGUCUACUGAAACCUGUAGUGCAAGCACAGCAUUGUUUGUGGUGAGGGGGUUGGGGGCCAGGGGAAGGGAGGAGCUGGGUGGAUUCCUAGUGUUUUGUGUUUGUGAAGAAUUUUCUUUGUUUUAAUAAAGUUUGCCAGCUGUA